CAGCCCAUUUAUCUUCUCUUUCUCUCUAUUUUUUUGGUUGAGUUUUGGGAUCAUACACCACAACAAACAACAACAACAACCAUAUAUAUAACUUUGUCUUAUUAGUCCCUUUUUAUUUGUAACAAUUAAUUAGUAAAGCAAAGCUUGAAUCUGAAUAAUUAAUAAUGGGAGACUUUGAAGGGAGAAGAACGCCGUUAAUGAAUCUUGGGGUUCAAGUGUCGGUGAGAGUGUUAGUCAUUGGCACUGCAUUGGCCUCGAUGUUGCUCAUGAUCACUAACCGUGAAGUCGCCUCUGUUUAUGGCAUUUCUUUUGAGGCUAGAUAUAGCGACUCCUCUUCCUUUAGGUAUUUGGUGUACGCACAGAUAGCUAUUUGUGCCGCGAUAUUUUUAUCGCUUGCAUGGGCUUGUUUAGCUGUGCGUAGAGGAGGACUUGUUUUUGCACUCUUCUUCUUUGAUUUGCUUGCGACGAUGACGGAAAUAUCGGCUUUCUCUGCGGCCAUGUCGGAGGGUUACAUCGGAAAGUACGGUAACACACACGCCGGUUGGCUUCCGAUCUGCCGUUACGUACAUGGUUACUGCAGUCGUGUCACUCUCUCACUCGCUAUGUCCUUCGCCUCUUUUCUCCUCUUGUUCAUCCUUACUGUCUUAACUGCCUCCGCUGCUCGUCACGUCUGA